AUGAGGACGUUGCCAAGAACGCUUGUGCUGUUAGUGGUGGCCACCGCGGUGACCUGCACGCCAGUCAUCAAUGAUCUUGAACCAGGAAAAGAAUGGCCAAAAAGAGGAGAAUUUAAACAACCACAGGAAACUGAAUUUAAACAGCCACAGGAAACUGAGCACGAUAUUUCGACUGAAGCAGCACUAACUACUCUUGUUGCUGAAGAUCCCCCAGUCGAUGCAAAGGAUGACAUUGAAGAAGAAAUUUUAAUACUUGCGAAAGCUGCAGACCUUAGCGAUACAAAAGUAGAUUACACGGGUGCACAGCUAUGGAAAGUUUCGACGGAAAGAUCUGGUGUAAGAAGCGUUCUCGGAAGACUUCGUCGUAGAAACCUUAUAGCUACUUGGGGCGGUAACCACUCUUAUGUGGAUGUUCUCGUCAAACCUAAUGCUCUGCAAAAUGUAACCAGAAUAUUUAACAGAGAAAAUAUAUCAUUCGAUGUUAUUAUUGAUGAUUUGCAAAAAAGGAUUAACGAAGAAAAUCCACCGUUGGAUGAAAACGAAGUCGAGCUUCAAGAUAGACGAGGCCAUCGUAUGACUUGGAAACAAUACCACAGACUUGAGGACAUUCACGGUUUUAUGGACUACCUCGCUAAGACCUAUCCCAAAAUAAUUAGUGUCAACACUAUAGGAAAAUCUUACGAAGGAAGAGAUCUUAAAGUGCUACGAAUUUCUGAUGGGAAACCAACAAACAAAGCUGUAUUUAUAGAUGGAGGUAUUCAUGCGCGAGAAUGGAUUAGCCCAGCUACCGUUACUUAUUUCAUCAACCAAAUCGCAGAGAAUUUUGACGAGGAAUCUGAUGAUAUGAAAAAUAUUGACUGGUAUUUCCUACCGGUAGUCAAUCCAGAUGGUUAUGAAUACACGCACGUUAAGGAUCGCUUAUGGAGAAAAAAUAGAAAGCCUACAAGACAGUGCACCGGCACUGAUCUGAACAGGAACUUUGGGUAUCGUUGGGGUGGUAAAGGAUCUUCUAGCAACCCCUGCAGUGACAUAUAUCGAGGUUCCAGGGCUUUCUCUGAACCAGAAUCAAAAGCUGUGUCUGAAUUCAUCAAGAGCAGUGCCUCCAAUUUCACAGCUUAUUUAACUUAUCAUAGCUAUGGGCAGUAUCUGCUCUACCCAUGGGGCUAUGACAACGCAGUACCACCUGAUCACAAGGAAUUAGAACUUUUAGGGAAUAGCAUUGCUUCAGCCAUAGAGAAAACAGGUGGUUCUAAAUAUGCAGUGGGCUCAUCAAGUGGGCUUCUAUACCCCGCAGCAGGGGGUUCUGAUGACUGGGCCAAAGCUCAAGGAAUAAAAUAUACAUACACUAUUGAAUUAAGUGACACUGGUCGCUAUGGAUUUGUUUUACCAACAUCAUAUAUUGAGCCUGUAGCAAGAGAAUCACUUGCUGGACUGAGAGUACUUGCAGCUCAAGUUACUAAGCAG